UCUUUGGGCUUUGAAGAAAACCUCCUGUGAGCUUGUGACCCUGGAAUCAGUGGAAGCUGCCCAGGUCCAGUCAGUCCAGUGGUGGUCCCAGUCUGCUGGAUGAGAGCAGUCCCAUGUGUGGGGUCAGGAGUUGGCAAGGGUCUUUGGGCAGAGUAGGCAGAUGAGCCGCAGACCUGGUGAAUAGGAGUCUUACGCUUGCAGUGAGCUGCCAAGAUGUGAUCCAAGGAUCCUGUGUUCAGAGAGAAAGCAAGAAGGCCUCUUUCUAGUGGGGGAGGCAGGACAGAAGGCUUCCAAGAGGAAGUGACAUAACCCAGGCAAAAUUCACAGAGGUGGGCUACAGAGCGUUGCUUGGUCCCAGGAGGCUUUGAAGAAGACUAAGUCCCUUGGCUGAGCCCAGGGACAUUGGCAUAGUCUUCAGAGACCUCCAUGAGGUUGCCCAGAGUGAGGUGAAGAGAAAGGGGCCACAACACCAAGGCUCAGACUUCAAGCCAUGAGCUCUGCCUCAUUCCCUGCUGGCCCCCUGGGCUGCAAGAGGCUCACUAGGUAUGUGUCUCUGGAGGCUGUUGGGGGUGCCCUUCCUCUGUCUCCCUGUUCAGUUCACUGUUAAGACCCAGGGUCUCUGACUGCUUGGCCACUUGCACAACAUCUUCCUGGAGUUUUGUCUCAGGUUGGGCCUCGGGCCGUGCCUCUUCCCUAGGCUCCAACUUGGUGGCAGACUUCUUAUCGGCACCAGUGGGUUCAGGGGUCCAUGGGGGCUCAGUGGCCCGGGAGCUUUCUCCCUCUUUGUUGAUGGCUGCAGAGGACAGACCUCGUGCCUUGGGCUGCACCCAGCAGUGGCUGAGGAUCUCAUCAAUGUGCAGCCGCCGGUUGACAUCUGGCUGUAACAUCCGGUAGAUGAGGUCCUUGCACUCACCAGUCAGGUGUUUGGAGCGUGGAAAGUUGACGCGGUGCUCUUUCUGGAUGCGUAGCAUCUUUUUGAUGUUGGAGUCGUCAUAGGGCAUGGAGCCACAGACCAUGAUGUAGAGGAUCACACCCAGGCUCCAGAUGUCAUACACCUUGGGCUGGUAGGGGAUGCCCUGCAGAACCUCGGGGGCCGCAUAAGCCGCUGACCCACAGAAGGUCUUGCUUAAUGUCAGUCGACCACUAUCAUCCCGCAGGCAGCGCUUGGAGAAGCCGAAGUCAGACAGCUUGAUGUUGAAGUCCUUGUCAAGCAGAAGGUUCUCGCACUUGAGAUCUCGGUGGACAACAUCCAGAUCAUGACAGUACUUGAUGGCCGAGGAAAGCUGAUGGAACUUCUUACGAGCAUCAUCCUCUUGCAGGGCUCCUCUGGUUUUGAUGAAUUCAAGGAGGUCACCCUGGACCCCAAGCUCCAUGACAAUGUAGACCUUGCCAUCAGAGGUCUCAAAGAUCUCAUAGGUCUUGACAAUAGAGCGGUGGUUUAGCAUGGCCAGAAUCUCAAUCUCCCGAGGAAGGAAUUUCUCCAGGAAGUCCGUGGGGGCUUUCUUGCGAUCGAUGAUCUUGACCGCCACGUUGAACUUUAGGCGCUCAGAGUAAGCGGAUUUGACUUUGGCAUAUGAGCCCUCUCCCAAGUUUAUCCCCAUGAUGUAGCCUCGUCGCUUGAGGACGGCAGCGUCAUCCAUGGUACCGGGAGUGCCCAGUGCCUCUGAGGCUGCCCUCUACAUCCCUGCCAGACAUGGGCCAGCAGCGUCCUCAUUUACACUGUGGACAGAGAGUCCUCUGAGCUGGCCAGGCCUGCUGUCCCUGCCUCCUAAGAGGCCAAGACUCUAGCAUGGAACAUUCAGCACUGUCUCCGGGGGUGACUUAGUGGGUGAAGUCACAAAGGAGUAGUGCCUGGGGGAAAUGAGGCUAUUACCUGAGCCACUUGGACUUGGAACCUAGAAGGUCUGCCAGUGUACUGGAGCAGACUAAAAGUGAACAAAACGGCUUCAUGUUUGGCUCCACCUCAGAGCUCCGGUGCAACCCUGGGCAGUUUGCAUGUCACGGUGGUGCCAUCCAGUGCAUACCCCUCCCCUGGCAAUGUGACGGCUGGCCAACGUGUGAGGAUGAGAGCGAUGAAGCCGACUGUCCAGAAGUGACUGGAGAGGCCCGUCCUUAUCAUGGGAAGGAGACCUUGGACCUGCGGCAGGGGCGGACCAGAGGAGGUGACCCCCCACAGUUCCACAUAGUGAACAUGGCUCAGCCUGUCCGCUUCAGCAGGAAGUGCCCAACCGGGUGGCACCACUAUGAAGGCACGGCCAGCUGCUACCGGGUCUACCUCAGUGGAGAGAACUACUGGGAUGCCGCGCAGACCUGCCAGCGCGUGAACGGUUCACUCGCCACUUUCUCCACUGACCAGGAGCUGCGCUUCGUCCUGGCCCAGGAAUGGGACCAACCAGAGCGGAGCUUUGGCUGGAAAGACCAGCGCAAGCUGUGGGUUGGUUACCAGUAUGUCAUCACUGGGCAGAACCAUUCCUUAGAAGGUCGCUGGGAGGUAGCGUUCAAAAGCUCCUCGGAAGUGUUCCUGCCUCCAGACCCCAUCUUUGCCUCUGCCUUGUCCGAGAGCGACCGUGUGUUCUGUGCCCAGCUCCAGUGCUUCCACUUCCCUACACUGAGGCACCAUGACCUCCACAGCUGGCAUGCCGAGAGCUGUUCUGAGAAGUCCUCGUUCCUGUGUAAAAGAAGUCAGACGUGUGUUGAUAUCAAAGACAAUGUCGUGGAUGAAGGGUUCUACUUCACUCCCAAGGGAGAUGACCCAUGCUUGAGCUGUACCUGCCAUCGAGGGGAGCCUGAGAUGUGCGUCGCUGCCCUGUGUGAGCGGCCCCAGGGAUGUCAGCAGUACCGCAAGGACCCUAAGGAGUGCUGCAAGUUCAUGUGUCUGGACCCAGAUGGCAGCAGCCUGUUUGACUCCAUGGCUAGUGGGAUGCGCCUGGUCGUCAGCUGCAUCUCCUCCUUCCUCAUCCUCUCGCUGCUGCUUUUCAUGGUCCAUCGGCUGCGUCAGCGGCGCCGGGAGCGCAUCGAGUCCCUGAUUGGAGCAAACUUGCACCAUUUCAACCUUGGCCGGAGGAUCCCUGGCUUUGACUAUGGCCCGGAUGGGUUUGGCACAGGCCUUACCCCACUACAUCUUUCCGACGACGGCGAAGGUGGGACUUUCCAUUUCCACGACCCUCCACCUCCUUAUACAGCUUACAAGUACCCAGACAUGGACCAGCCGGAUGAUCCACCACCGCCCUAUGAGGCUUCCAUCAACCCGGACAGUGUCUUCUACGACCUCGCAGAUGACGAUGCCUUUGAACCCGUGGAGGCCAGCCUGCCAACCCCAAGGGACAGUGGCAUUGAAGGUGCAUUGCCCAGGCACUUGGAUCAUCCGCUGCCUCCUGCAGAGACCUCCUUAGCAGAUCUGGAAGAUUCCACAGACAGUAGCAGUGCCCUGCUGGUACCUUCUGAUCCUGCCCAGAGCGGGAGCACCCCAGCUCCAGAAGCACCACCAGGUGGUGGGCGCCACCCCCGUGGCUCCCUCAAUACUGUGGUUUAGGUGGCUCAGCUCAUGGCCCCAGUGGGCUAGGAGUAUCUGUUUCCUGUUCAGAAGACACCUAUCCCAGUGGGAGACUUGCAGGGGUCCUGUCGUGGCCUGGGCCUCCUCCACUGCUACAUCCCACCAGCAGCGGCUGUGUACAUAGGAACUGAAGCCAGGCACCCUGACAGGAGCACGUGCCUGUGCCGUCUUUAUCGGAGGGCUUCUCAGACGUGGAAAGCUUCGGGUCAGUCUCAUUUUUAAAUGGCAGAAUGGCACAGGUGUUCAAACCACACAUUUCCAAGAGAGCAGAGGCAGUGGGCUGCACUCACACCGCUACAUCUUUGGAUGGGCUUGCUUACUGCACACUCUCGCCUACAGAAGCCAGUCAUCAACCAGUGACCACACCAGUGUAGACAGCAGGGCAUCUGGGGACUGCUUCCGGGGAAGGCAUGUGCAGCUGCUGCACUGGCGCUCUGGGCAUCCUGUCCGGGCCCAAGCGCAGGUAUCGAGGUGCCAGUCCUGGGGAGAAAAUUGAACUUGCCGCCCCGUUUCUAGCUCUGCUUUGAGGCCAGCACCGUGGCAGCGCUCUCCAUGGCAUAGCUCUGCAUGGCUCCCCAGGAGUAGGCUCUAGACCCCUGUGGAGGGCUGGGCAUGCUGCCUUUUCUCUGCCACACUCUGGAUCCCUGUGCUCUGCCUGCUGGUGGACGACCUUUGGGUCUGGCCAGCCCCUUCACCUUGUCUGUGCCAUAAAGGGUUGGUGGAUGGGAAGAAUUGACUCCAAUAGACAUUCUGUGUUGAGUCAUCUGAGUCCACGUCACCUGUGACCACUGCUGGAGCCCAGCGUCUGCUGGCCACACACAUGCCUCCCAGCCACUCCACAGCACUGGGCCCCUGGGGCUUUUUGCCCAAAGGACCCUGCUGCCAACUCCACACAGUGGUCUUGUCUCCCGACACAGGCCUUUAGCAUUUCUAAGGUUUGGAGAUUAAGCAAGGUUCUGUGCAGUUUUUAGCACAUGUGUAUCUUUUCUAUGUUGGAUGUCAGGAUCUUUCUGUAUCUAUGUGUGUCCUCAUAUGGCCAAAUGUUUGCAGGUGAUGAUGGUCCACGGGAGCUCAGGACGGCCCUGUUACCCCACAUGAGCCAUUUGCCCUUGGGCUACUCUUAUACCGUUGUGUCUGAGCUGCUUCCUAGGCCGUGGUCCAGCUAAGAACAUGAGCGGGAGAAGUGACUAAGACCUCCAGCUCUUUGGUGCUUGAUCAGACCUGCACAGUUCUAGGCACAUUUUUACACUGCUUGGAAACCUAUGUUUCCCCUUCCCAUAUGGAGCAUCUUUAGGCUGGAUCCCCAGGGCUGACUGGAGGUAUGAGAUUUGUCCCUAGAUAGUCUGUCUCAAGCUGAGCCCACAGGCUAGCUGCUGCAGACAUCUGCCAAAGGGCUUUCGCCUCCUCCACCCAUGACGAGAAGAGCAGGAAGUUCAUCAUACCUCCAGCAAGUACUGAGUGCUGGGCACAGGCAGCCCCGCUCCAGAGCAACAGUGGGGAUUGCCUUGUGCCAGACCAUCCAGAAGAGUCCUGAGGACCACACAGCAGUGCCUCAGAAGGCCAUAUGUACAGACUGAAAUUCUCUGGGGACCAAGUGACUGAUGGGGUUGGCCAGGGCCUGAGUCUAGGAGGCAGAGGUGAAGAGGGUGGCCUGAGGGGGACCAUGGUGCUGCUGAGGUGGACCUGACAGGCUGUCCGGGGCUGUCCAGCAGGCACUCGGGGUACAUGUGGCCUGUAUUGGGGGCUGUUCAGACUGUUGCUGUUGUAGUUCCAAGUAGUGAAGUCUGCCACCCUCUCCAGGCCUUAGGUGAGUAAUCGCAGGUCCAGGAUUUGCUAAGGUUUGUGUUUCCUUGCCCAUCCCACAAGGCCCCAGAGGGACAAGCCAAGCUGCCGGGAGUCCCCUUUCCCAGGACUGCCUUGCCACUCUUCUGAGAGGCUGGGUGCCCUCUGACCUGCCUUGAAGUGGAAUUUGAUACUGUACAUUGUCUCAAUGCCUGUUUUUACAUACUCCUUUCACUAAAGGUUUUAGUUUGGGUGUAUUUUUGGUCGGGUUGGCAUUAAUCCUUUCUUAAGAUGCUGUGAGAACCAUUUCAUCCAAUGCCAAAUAAACUUGUGUUAUGGAAAA